UUUGUCCGCAGUGCACCUCAGCCGGUGUGGGCGGAGACGCCGGAGCGCACCUGCGGGCAAUCUGCAAUCAGGACUCCUUUUAAGCAAGGCAGCAGCUUCUGAUCAUCGCCAGAUUGUACUUCCUGACCUCCCGUUCCUUGCUACCGCUCAGUCCGGCUCCACUACCUUUUCCCUGCUUUCUGGCCCGCUACCUGUACUUGUACUUGCUUGCUCAGUAUUUACUAGUGUUUUCCUGUUGGUUUGCCUUCAGCGUUUUUCUGUUGUUACUUCUAGUUUUUUCCUGACAGCCUUCUGCUGUCAGUGUUUUAUGUUUGUUACCCAGAGUGGAUUUUCCUUUGUUGUACUUUACCUGUUUGGACUCUUUUUGUUAUUAAACUUUAUUUUGUAUUUUGAAGUCGUCCUAGUCUUGCGUUGGGAUCCUAAUUUUCCUGCUGUGGCUUCUGCCACUCGUGACAGAACAAUCUGGCCAAGAUGGAUCCCGCAGACAUGGAGCACUUCCGCUCGGCCCUGGCGCAUCAAGGCCAAUUAGUCGGUGGUCACGAGAAGUCUCUCCAAGGCAUCAUGGAGGCCAUAUCGGUGCUAUCCGCUGGAAUGGAUGCCCUAAACCAGCGCCUUGCCAGUACCUCCUCUCACCCGCCACCAGAGGUCGGUACGUCCCCACACACCUUGGAUACACCUAAUGGCGCAGCUGCACACGCACCUGUGCCUCAUCAGCAGCGUGAGCCAAAUAUUCCUCACCCUUCUCGCUUCUCUGGAGACUCGGACUCCUGCAACCAGUUCUUACACCAGUGUUCCCUCGUGUUUGACCAGCAACCCACCACGUACUCAUCGGACCAAUCUAAGGUAGCGUUCAUAAUGAGUUUACUCUCGGGUAGAGCCGCUACGUGGGCUAUGGUUGCGAGCACGUCUAUGCCUGCCAUACGCACCUCCUUACCUAUGUUCCUAGAAGAAAUGAGAUGUGUGUUUCAUCACCCCAUUCGGGGAAUGGAAGCAGCUAGUCAGCUAUUAGAUAUGAAGCAGAGAGGACGCCCGGUGGCGGAUUUUUCAAUUGACUUCCGUGUGCUCGCUGUAGAGAGUGGGUAUCCCGAUACCGUCCUUCGAAGUAUUUUUCGCAAGGCACUCGACGCACACAUUAAGGAUGAGUUAGUCGCCAAGGACAACACUACUUCCCUCAACGGCCUUAUUAACUUGGCUAUUGAAUUAGAGAAUCGCAUGAAGGAAAGGGUGAGAGAGUACGCCAAGGAGGGAUACUACGGCAGGGUGUCGAUCCCGACAAGGAUACCAUUUCCUCCUCCGGAGGGACAGACGCUCGAACCAGGCAUCGGGGACGCUGUGGCCGCACCGCCAGAGGUUCCUAUGCAACUCGGAGGACGACGCCUCGCCGCCGAGGAAAGAGCACGUCGUCGCAAGCUGGACCUGUGCCUCUACUGCGGUAAUCCGGGGCAUCGACUCCUCCAAUGCCCUAUUCGACCCCAUCGUCACCAGGGAUCGACUCCUGGAUCAGCAGCGGAGCCGAAGCUUAAACCCAGGAGCAACCAACCUGUUCCGGAGGACAGCCCAGUCAUGGGGAGCUGUGAGUAUCUCCAGAACUCAGCCACUACAGCAGAGGAAGUUCCCUUCAAGAGACUUCUAAUUAAGGGAAUAGUCAUUAACAAGGGUAGUAGCAUUGACAUAGCCGCCCUUAUUGACUCGGGCGCUGAUGACUGUUUUUUGGACACAGCGUUUGUUCUCAAAAAUAAUAUCAGUAUGAUUAAGUUGCCUGCUAGUAAAGAGGUCUGGUCUUUGGAUAGGCGCUUCCUGGCGGCCAUUACACACCAAACCGAACCGCUUACUCUCCAUCUCUCAGGUAAUCACUCCGAAACCAUCCGCUUUUACGUCAUGCCCUCCCAGUCCGCGCCACUAGUUUUGGGGCUAACCUGGCUUAAGCUUCACAAUCCCCUCAUAGAUUGGAACAAGUUGCACGUCUCCAGUUGGAGCCCCUUUUGUCAUGCUAACUGCCUCCGUUCGGCUCGGUCCGAUGUUCCCUCUUUCAAUUUCCCAGAGGAGGAGAUAGAUCUUACAGGUAUUCCUAGCGAAUACCACGACUUAAAGCAAGUGUUCAGCAAGGACCGUGCUCAGACACUUCCCCCUCAUCGACCAUACGACUGUGCCAUAGAAUUACUGCCUAACGCCACCUUUCCGAGCGCCAAAUUGUAUAACAUUUCCACUCCAGAACAAAAGGCGCUCAAGGAAUAUAUAUCUUCUUCGCUAGCAGCCGGUCUUAUUCGACCCUCUUCAUCGCCACUUGGGGCGGGUUUUUUCUUUGUCGCCAAAAAGGACAAAUCCCUUCGGCCCUGUAUCGACUACCGGGGGCUCAAUAGCAUUACUGUCCGCAAUAGCUACUCUUUGCCACUCAUGGAUUCUGCCUUUUCCGCCUUACAUUCAGCACGCAUUUUUUCGAAAUUAGACCUCCGCAACGCCUACCAUCUGGUACGCAUUAAGGAUGGAGAUGAGUGGAAGACCGCGUUUAACACACCGCUGGGGCACUUCGAAUAUCUGGUUAUGCCUUUUGGGCUCACGAACGCCCCGGCGGUGUUCCAAAACCUCAUUAAUGACGUCCUCAGCGACAUGAUAAAUCAAUUCUGUUUUGUAUAUCUAGAUGACAUACUUAUCUUUUCCAGGAAUCUGCAAGACCACAUCACUCAUGUCCGACUAGUUCUCCAGCGAUUAAUGGAAAAUAGGCUCUAUGUGAAGGCAGAGAAGUGCGACUUUCACGCCACUUCGGUGCCAUUUCUGGGGUACAUUGUGGAGAAGGGUCAGCUGCGUGCCGAUCCCGCCAAGAUCCAGGCGGUGGUCGAGUGGCCUACUCCUAAAUCAAGGAAGCAUUUGCAGAGGUUCCUCGGGUUCGCCAACUUCUACAGGCGAUUCAUACGUAAUUUCAGCAGCAAAGCAGGACCUCUGACUAGGCUUACAUCACCAAAAAUUCCGUUUGUAUGGACCCCAGAGGCUAAUUCUGCGUUUAACACACUCAAAACAUUGUUUACAUCCGCUCCGGUUCUGGUACAUCCUGAUCCUAACUUACAAUUUUCUGUUGAGGUUGACGCUUCUGAUACGGGAGUGGGAGCCGUCCUGUCCCAGCGGUCCCCGGUCGACCAGAAACUGCAUCCUUGCGCCUUCUUCUCGCGUCGCCUCACACAGGCUGAAGGAAACUACGAUGUGGGCAACAGGGAGCUGUUGGCCAUCGUUCUCGCGCUGCGGGAGUGGCGGCACUGGCUGGAGGGUGCAGUUCAUCCAUUUAUAGUUAUCACCGACCACAAGAACUUGUCCUACAUCAGAACCGCCCAGAGACUUAAUGCCAGACAAGCCCGUUGGUCACUGUUCCUAACACGCUUCAAUUUUUCCAUCACCUACAGACCCGGAUCACGCAAUAUUAAACCCGACGCCCUUUCCAGAGUCUUCAGUUCCACGGAGGAGGGAACAGCGCCGGAGACCAUCAUACCUGUGGCCCGGGUGCUAGGCGCGGUUCGGUGGGAGGUGGAGAAGGUGUCGGAGGCAACUGAAGGGGAGGAGCCUCCAGAGGGUUGUCCGGCUGGCAAAUUGUUUGUCCCAGAGACACUAAGAUCGGACGUAUUGCAGUGGGGUCAUGCAUCCAGAGUUACCUGUCACCCAGGAACCAGACGAACCCAGCUGGCUUUGGCGCAGAGAGGACCCCAAUUCACUUCCAAGGUGUGGAAGUCCUUCUGCAAGUUACUCGGGGCAUCGGAGGCGGAAGUGUCGGUGCCAUCGGUCCAAGUCCACCUGCGCCGCGCCCGAAGAGUAUGGCGGGAGACAAUAGCUGCGCUGAACCGCACGGCGGACCGUAAUCGACGCCUGGCCGACCGCCACAGGAUCCCGGCACCCGUCUACCAGUGCACCUCAGCCGGUGUGGGCGGAGACGCCGGAGCGCACCUGCGGGCAAUCUGCAAUCAGGACUCCUUUUAA